UUCUGUACUUUUAAAACUUUUUUGUGUAAUUUUUUUGAUCCUUUUCUUUUCCUUGACCAGUUUUGUGUUUUUGCUUUAUCAAGAUUCUCCAAAAAGAAAAAAAAAAAAAGAAGAAAAUUCCUUUAUAAAAUUCUUACAUAAAGAAUAAAAGAAUAAAAAAAAAAGAAAAAGAAAAGGAAAGUGUUCCCUUUUUGUUUCAAGAUUCUUGAACCACCCCCCACAUGCAUGUUUUUGGGGUUUGUCUGAUCUGGAUCAGAUCACCAAGAUCUCCAUUUUUUAAAUUUUUCUGUGGGUUCAUAAGCUAAAGGGCUGUGUGUGCCUUUUUUGCCUACAAAUUUUGGGUCUUUUAUGUGCUAGUAGUACAACAACAAUAAUAAGGUGUGUGUGAUUUCUUGACUUUUUACUCUUUGGGUCCCUCUUAAAGAUUCCAUACCUUUGUUGUUUGUAGUAAAGAUUUGUUCUUUUCUUGGUUUGUGUUGUUUCUUGAUUUGAACUGUGGGGUGGAAUGAUUUUGGGGAAAGACUUUGUGUGUUGAGUUGUUAUUGUGUUGUUUUGUGUAAAGGGUGUUGGGAGAAAUUGGUAUAAGUGAUAAAAAAUUGAAUCUUUUUAGGCAUUCUGUUUAGUGGUUGUGUCUAAUAUAUAGUCUUGAUUUUGGGAAGUGCUUUGUGUGUGAGUUGUUAUUGGCUUGUUUUGUGUAAAGGGUGUUGGGAGAAAUUGGUGUAAGUGGAAAAAAAUGAUGCUUUUUGGGCAUUCGGUUCAGAGGUUGUCUAUGUAGUGUUGAUUUUGGGUGGAGUGAGUUGUUAUUUUCUUGUUUUGUGAAAGGAGUGUUAGGAGAAAUUGGUAUAUAUUGUUGUUUAAGUGUGAAAAAUUGAUUCUUGUAAGGCAAUCUGUUUAGUGGCUGUGUCUAUAUAGUGUUGAUUUUGGGUGGAGGGAGUUGUUAUUGUCUUGCUUAGUGAAAAGGUUGUUGGGAGAAAUUGGUAUAUGUUGUUUUAAGUGGAAAAAAAUGAUUCUUGUAAGGCAUUCUGUUUAGUGUCUGUCUGCAUAGUGUUGAUUUUUGGGUGGAGGGAGUUGUUGGUUUAUGGAUUUUUAAUGAUUUGAGUUGGGUUUGGCAGUUUAAUUGUAGCGUAGGGGGUGGCUUUUGAGUACUUCUUGAGGCAUGGCUGGUACUGAUGUUUCGAAAUAUGGACACAGUCCUGUGCAUAAAGCUAUAAUCUUGAAAGAUUAUGCUUCUCUGAGGAAGAUAAUUGCUGGCCUGCCUAGGCUUUGUGAUCCUACUGAGAUUCAUACAGAAGCGGUAUCGUUGGCGGAGGAAGCUAAGGCUGAUGCUAUUUCUUCAGUGAUUGAUCGACGGGAUGUCCCUAAUCGGGAAAGCCCUCUUCAUUUGGCUGUGAAACUUGGUGACGAGACUGCAACCGAGAUGCUUAUGCUUGCUGGUGCAGAUUGGAGCUUGCAGAAUGAACACGGCUGGAGUGCCUUGCAGGAGGCAAUAUGUAAUAGGGAAGAAAGGAUUGCGAAGAUCAUAGUUAGGCACUAUCAGCCUUUGGCUUGGGCAAAAUGGUGUAGAAGGUUACCGCGAUUGAUUGGGACAAUGAAGAGGAUGAGGGAUUUUUAUAUGGAAAUAACAUUUCACUUUGAGAGCUCUGUUAUACCUUUCAUUUCUAGGAUUGCGCCUUCGGAUACGUAUAAAAUUUGGAAGAGGGGUGCAAAUUUAAGGGCUGAUAUGACUCUGGCUGGCUUCGAUGGCUUCCGAAUUCAGCGAUCUGAUCAGAGCAUACUUUUCCUUGGUGAUGGUUCCGAGGAUGGUAAAGUCGCUCCUGGAUCACUUUGCAUGAUCUCGCAUAAAGAAAAGGAAAUUAUGAAUGCCUUAGACGGCGCUGGUGCUCCAGCGACUGAGGCAGAAGUACAGCAAGAAGUUGCUGCAAUGUCCCAAACGAACAUAUUCAGGCCUGGGAUUGAUGUAACUGAAGCAGUUCUGUUGCCCCAAACGACAUGGAGGCGUCAGGAGAAAACAGAGAUGGUAGGAUCUUGGAAAGCUAAAGUAUAUGAUAUGCAUAAUGUGGUUGUGAGCAUAAAAUCAAGGAGGGUUCCUGGAGCAAUGACAGAUGAUGAGUUUUUCAAUGCUUGCAAUGAAAACGAAACGGAGAGUGAAGAGUUUGAUGAUAUCCUGACAGAGGAGGAAAGAAGGCAGCUUGAGGUUGCUCUCAAGUCGGACUCUUCAGAUUUAAGCAACGAAAACGGAGAUGGAAUCAUUGCACAUCGCCAUAGCUGUUAUGAACAAAGGGAUAUUCCCAUUGAGGGGAUAAAUGGUUGCAGAAAUGACGAUAGUAGUAAGCAGGAAAAGAAGAGAUGGUUUAACAGCUGGAGGAAACGGGAUAUGAAAACAGAAGGGGAGAAACGAGUACUCCAUCCAAGAAGUUCCGUAUGUGUCGAGGAGAAGGUUGGGAAUUAUAUCGAGGGUUCUCCACCUUUAAAUGAAACUAUGCCGGGGAGACAUUCCGUGGAUGUCAGAGUGACCAGGGACGAGCUUAGACAAGGAAGAGAUGCAAAGGCUUCUACAUCUAGCCAUGCUGAAAAUGGAAGUCGACGCAAAGAUGUAGGCCGAGAAAAUGAGUAUAAGAAAGGAUUGAGGCCCGUUCUUUGGCUUUCUCCAGAUUUCCCAUUGAAAACUGAAGAGCUCCUUCCUUUACUUGACAUUCUAGCUAACAAAGUUAAAGCUAUCCGGCGGUUGAGGGAGAUGCUCACAACAAAACUUCCAAAAGGAACCUUCCCAGUUAAGGUAGCAAUUCCGGUUGUUCCAACGAUAAGAGUAUUAGUGACUUUCACAAAGUUUGAAGAACUGGAGCCACUAGACGAAUUCGCAACUCCUCCUUCCAGUCCUACUGGUCCAGGCAGGGAGAGUCCAUCAGCGCCGCAGCCCUCAAGUUCAUCAUGGUUUCAGUGGAUAAAAGCCCCAUAUCAACGCCCUAGCUCUUCAUCUACAGGCGGCAGUCCAAGUAAUAGAAUCGAAAACGUUCAAGAUCCCUUUGCAGUCCCUCAAGAUUACACAUGGAUAUCAGCAGAAGCAAAGAGAAAGAAAAUGCAGGAAAAGGAAAAGGCCAAGAAAGGAAAGAGUAGGAAACAACAGUAGCUAGCUAGCUAUCUGAAGCACCACAUGAUUCAUAUACAAUGUGUUAAUUACAUUCUUCGAUAUUUUCUCAACUUGUUUUAGUAUAUUUUCGAGAUCCUGAAUACAUUAUUGUGGGUGGUAUAAAAGUUGAAAUUCGCGCGAUUCUUCCAAAUGCUUGUUGAUCAAUGUGGAACAAUUGUUUUUGUUACAAGUGAAUGUUCCCACAGUUGCAUGA